CGGUAGUGGUACUGAUGAUGAGGCUGGGCCAGUCAGGAGAUGUGUGAUGCUGGAUGUUUUUCUUCUUUCGCUGAUGCCAUUUCAUCGGCGAAAUCUGUCGUACAUAUCAGGGAACUAUAAGCAUUUAAAGCGUCAAUUCGAAACUAAAGAGCCUUCCCCUUUUCGCGAUCAACAUAUUGUAAGGUUGUUAACCAUCUGGGAUUCCCCGGUGGAUGAAUUAAUCGCAACAGCAAAAGCAUCCGCGUACAAAGGCGAAAGUGUUACAAUGGGGAUUGUUUUUUCGAAGGACUGAUAAGAUAGGCUGUAUCGUAUACGAAGCAAGACCCGGUGAGUUAUGGAGACCAUAUGGCUUUACCAAUUCCGCCUGAUCGUGAUCGGAGACUCCACCGUGGGCAAGUCGUGUCUGAUCCGGAGGUUCACCGAGGGUCGCUUCGCGCAGGUGUCCGACCCCACCGUGGGGGUCGACUUCUUUUCCCGCCUGGUGGAGAUCGAGCCUGGGAAGAGAAUCAAGCUGCAGAUCUGGGACACCGCCGGGCAGGAGAGGUUUAGGUCCAUCACCAGGGCCUACUAUCGUAACUCGGUGGGCGGGCUGCUGCUCUUCGACAUCACCAACCGCCGCUCCUUCCAGAACAUCCACGACUGGCUGGAGGAGGCCAAGAGCCACGUCCAGCCGCACAACAUCGUCUUCCUGCUUGUGGGUCACAAGUGCGACCUGGAGGCCCAGCGCCAGGUGACCCGGCAGGAGGCGGAGAAGCUGGCCGGCGUCUACGGGAUGCACUACGUGGAGACGUCAGCGCGGGACGCCAUCAACGUGGAGAAGGCGUUCGUGGACCUGACGCGGGACAUCUUUGAGCUGGUGGGCCGGGGGGACAUCCAGAUCCAGGAAGGCUGGGAGGGCGUGAAGAGCGGCCUGGUGCCCAACACGGUGCACUCCUCCGAGGAGGUCACCAAGGGAGACCGCCGCUGCCUCUGCUGAUCGGGCCCCUGAUCGCCGCCCCCCUCCCCCCCCCCCCCCCCCCCCAUCCUCCCCCAAUCAGGACCUGCUCCACCAUGAUGUACUUUAACUUGACGGCCUACCAGGAGAACGGACCCCUGGAGCUCAGUCUGCUCUGUGAACAAAGUAGAAACGGGGGGAGUGUUGUUGUUGCUGUUGUUUGUUUUCCCGGGGGGGGGGGGCUGGGUUCCAGGAACAUGGACUUGCUACCGAGGAGCUCCUGUGGGAUUUUGAUGGAGACCAGACAACUACAAGGGCCCCUCUUUCCACCGUGGCCGGAGGAAGGCUCGGGGAGCCCCCGGACCCCGCCUUCGUGAGGUCUCCUAGUAAAGACGGACCUCAUGUUUCCCUGGCCGGUGUUUGAUACACGGUCUGCAUGACGGUGAACAGCAGCCCUGACCAGACCCGACGCAGUACACCUCCUGCUUCACAUUAUAUCCCACCUGCUGUAUAGGAACACCUGGAGUGUCCGUGACUCCCUCCACCAACCCCUGCACCUCCACAUUUCUGCCCCAUUAGAAGUGAAAAGAAUUGAUUGUACAAAAUGUCCAUACAGAUACCUAUGGUCGUGAUUCAAUUGAGAUCUGAGCGCAUCAAGUUGAGCCAUGCUUCUGCCCACACACACACACACACACACACACACACACACACACACACACACACACACACACACACACACACACACACACACACACACACACACACACACACACACACACACUUAAAAGAAUCAGAUCAGCGUCACCACUUGUAAAUAUCUGACUGUUCUCUGAGAUCAGACUGGCUCGGCCCACUGAGCGUCAUGAGGAACACCUGGGGUAUGGAUAACGUCUGGAACGGCUGCUGUGUCUGUAAGAGAGACAAGAAGGAGAGAUAUGACCCAUCUGACUGCCUACCUGGUCAGUGCAUGUGCAUCCUAAGUAUAGUACACUUUCAACCAAGUGUUCUCUGUGUGUGGGUGUGGGUGUGGGGGGCGGGGGGAGUUGUGUGUGUGUGUGUGUGUGUGUGUGUGUGUGUGUGUGUGUGUGUGUGUGUGUGUGUGUGUGUGGGCUGGUAGGAGUCGGGAACUGGUUCUGAAUGCCUUGUGAACUUGCCCAUCAUAUUUGGGCAACAUAUUAGAUAAUAAAAUGCCCAUAUUAUAACUCAA